AUGGAACUCCGUUGUGUUGUGACAGUGCUCCUAGGUCUUUUUGGAGCCCAGGCUUUUUUGUGGCCCUACCAUCAUCCUCUGGAGGACCACCUGGCCACCAAGAUCUCCAGCACUCUUCAAAAGAUCUUCAACAACGCAUUUGCGGUUUAUAAUCUUAGUGUGUUUAUUAGCACCGCUUACGAACAAAUGGACAGGGAUCAGGUGUUUCUGGUGCAUCGAGUUUUGUACCAAAGUCUUUAUGCUCCGGGUUCUCCAGUGCCCGUUGUCCUGGCCUCCCAAUUGAGCCGGAAGAUGUCCACCCAAGUGAUCACCCAGUUGCUCUUCGUCCAGAAUGCCAAACAGGCCAUAGCCAUUGCCGAUAACGUUGAGAGCAACAACCUGUGCGUCAUCGUAUUGCUGAAUUGCAAACCGUAUUCGGAGCAACGUUCCAUUAUGACCAAUAUUUUUGGGUAUUUCCUGCUGCAGCGCUACAACAUCAACGUGAUAAUCCUGGUGCCCAGUUUGCAGGGAGUUCGCGCCUUUAAUGUCCUGCCGUACACCCCCACAAGUUGCGGAAGCAUAGAGCCAGUGGAACUCGACCUAAAGAAUGCCGAAUUGUGGGACGUAUAUCCAACUCGAUUAAAGAAUCUGCAUGGCUGUCCGUUGAGCGUAAUCGUGUGGGAUAUUCCGCCCUAUAUGAAGGUUCACUGGGAGAGGAAUGAUUCGACGCAGAUGCUGGAUGGAUUGGAUGGAAAGCUAAUGAGUAUUUUGGUCCACAAGAUGAACUUCACCCUGAAACUGAUUCCAAACGAACCACCAGGGCUUUUGGGUGGAGCCAGCUUUUUUAAUGGCACUUUCACGGGGGCCUACAAAAUGCUCCGCGAGAGGAAGGCCAAUAUGACCAUAGGAUGUGCUGCUUGCACACCGGAAAGGUCCACCUACUUGGCCGCCACGAGUCCCUACAGUCAGAUGGGCUAUAUAAUAGUGAUGCAGGUGAGGAGUGGCUAUAGCAUCUAUGAAGUGAUGCUGUUCCCUUUUAAAAGAUACACCUGGUUGUUGCUUGUCUUGAUCCUUGCCCUCCACAAGAUCCUGGGUAGAUGGUGGCGGAUGCCGUCUCCCGUUUUGGCCGGUUGGAUGCUCUGGAUCUUUGUCAUUCGGGCCAGUUACGAGGCAUCCGUUUUCAACUUUAUACACAGCGCCCCAUUGAAGCCCGCCCCGCAAACUUUGGAGCAAGCUUUGAGCAGUGGUUUUAGAUUCAUUACCGAUCACGCCACCUAUCGGAUGACCUGGAAACUUCCGGCUUUUCGGGGGAAAACUACAAUCUCCGCGGGACAACCGGUGGGUGUUUUCGAUGCUCUGCUGAAUGCUUCCUCGAAAACGGGUGCCUUUACCAGUCUCACCUUUCUGGCCGAUCACCUGGUCAAACAUAGAAGUCAUCGCAAUAAGCUUCUGAUUUUGGCCGAAAAGAUCGUCGACAAUAUGCUUUGCAUAUACUUUCCAUACGGUUCCUAUUUCGCCUGGGAGAUCAACAAUCUGCUCUUUAACUUACGCAGUUUUGGCAUUUUCCAGCACCAUUCGCAGAUCCUCGCCUGGAACAGCAUGCCUACCACCUCGGAUGCCUCGGGUAAACUGAUUCAUUCCACCCAUGAGAGUGUCGCCACGGGAUUUGCCGAGUCCAUGGGUUUCGUCCUGGCAGCCCUGAAUUGCCUGAUGGGAGCCCUCUGCGUUUCCAUUGGCGUCUUUGGCCUGGAGCUGCUCAGUCAAAGGCUACGCUGGCCGGGAUUAGCUUGGCUAAUGGAGAGAGUUUAA